GUAUAAAAUCACUUCCGUGUCGACACCGGGUCCUUUCCUGUCAACGGCCUAGUGGAAGAUGGCGGUGCAAAUCUCCAAGAAGAGGAAGUUCGUCUCGGAUGGUAUCUUCAAGGCCGAGCUGAACGAGUUUCUGACUCGUGAGCUGGCCGAGGAUGGAUACUCUGGCGUGGAGGUGCGUGUGACCCCAACCAGGACAGAGAUCAUCAUCCUGGCCACAAGGACCCAGAAUGUUCUGGGGGAGAAGGGGCGUCGCAUCAGAGAGCUGACCGCUGUGGUCCAGAAGAGGUUUGGGUUCCCCGAGGGCAGCGUGGAGUUGUAUGCAGAGAAGGUGGCCACCCGUGGGCUGUGCGCCAUCGCUCAGGCUGAGUCUCUGCGUUACAAGCUGCUGGGAGGUCUGGCCGUCAGAAGGGCAUGCUAUGGAGUUCUGAGGUUCAUCAUGGAGAGCGGCGCCCGAGGCUGCGAGGUCGUGGUGUCCGGCAAGCUGAGGGGUCAGAGGGCCAAGUCCAUGAAGUUUGUGGACGGCCUGAUGAUCCACAGUGGUGACCCUGUCAACUACUACGUGGACACCGCCGUGCGCCACGUCCUGCUGAGACAGGGUGUGCUCGGCAUCAAGGUCAAGAUCAUGCUGCCCUGGGACUCCAGCGGCAAGAUGGGACCCAAGAAGCCCCUCCCCGACCACGUCAGCAUUGUGGACCCGAAAGAUGAGAAGCUCCCAUCCUCCCCCAUGUCUGAGCAGAGGGGGACCAAGCCCGAGGUGCCAGUCAUGGCCCAGGCCCCAGUGCCCACCGCGUGAGAGGGAUCUCCUCUUCCCACCAGAUGGACUUGAACCCCUGAGAGUUUUGUGUACAAAAACAAUAAAAUCUGGAAAACUCA